CGCUGCGGUCGCUGCAGAGAGGAGCCGUUUUUGGCUCCCCCUCGACCAUCAUGUUCUCCCCAGUUAUAAGUCCCAUCCUGCCGACCGUGUCCUUCCCUGCUUCCAUCCUUCCUCCCAUGAGCAUCUCAGUGCUUCCUAUCCUUUUGAAGUCUUUCCUUGUCCACAAAACUGCUGUUAUCCUCACCUUCUUUAUUCCUACUCCAGGAUUUCCUUUGUUUCCCAGUUCCCCACAGGCUGUGUCGACCAUGGCGCCUCGCUCCUGACCGGUCAGAUCUGAUGACAAAGAGAAUCAGAGCGAUGCCAGCUCUGACCUGACUGAGAUCUUUUUAGACAACAGAUCUGAUAGUGACUCCACUAGCGACCUGGAACUUGAUAGUGAGGAUUUGAAUUAUGAAGAUGAACCUGGUGAUGAUAUCUGAUGAUGAGGGCCAGCUGCCUCAUGAACACUAUUUGGCCCAAGCAGAGAGCUUGCAUGUCUCCCAGCUUCGACAGCAGCAGUACAGUGAUGUCACUCAGGAAAGACUUGAUGAGACCUGCAUGUACUGGAAUAGCAGAUAUUGUUGGUACAUUGGUGUUUGUCACGGGCUCGGAAAUAGUAGAUACUGACGAAAUGAUAUUCCUAUCUAAACUAUUGUAGCCAUCGACGAGAAUAUCGAGUCUGGAGAAAGAAAAGAAGAGGAAACCUAUCUAAAGGAUGGAGGGGUUUCUUAUAACCGCCGUACGGCAGGGUUAUACUCAUGUCGGUGUCGUCUGUCAUUAUUAGUCUUAUACGUAGUGUCGAGCCGU